AUGACUAGUGUUUCUGUAAGGUUGGGCAAAUUUGAGCCACCAAUAUUCCACCCAAAUGUAUAUCCGUCAGGAACUGUCUGUCUGUCAAUUCUAGAAGAGGAGAAGGAUUGGAGGCCAGCAAUCACUAUCAAACAGAUAUUAUUAGGUAUUCAAGAACUUUUAAAUGAACCAAAUAUUCAGGACCCAGCUCAAGCAGAAGCCUACACAAUCUACUGCCAAAACCGAGUGGAGUACGACAAGAGGAUUCGUGCACAGGCCCGACGAUUUACACCAACAUAAAUGUGAGCUAGAGUGGGUUAUGGCAUGGACAACAGCAGAUGCCAGGGAAAUUGCUCAGCAAGACCUUUUUUUUAAACAAAAGUGACCAGGUUUUAAAUUGGGCCUUAGUUUUAUAAAGCCCCAGUAUAUUCUUUCCACCAGGAAUCAUCCGAUGACUGACACAUUGUUUAUUUCCUCCAGUCUCAGAGUUUUGAUUUGUUUUUUUCCUGUUGUUGCCCCCGUGGUGGAAAUGAACCUGGUCAUUUGACAAGCCAGGGACUUGCUGACCUGACUUGAUCCAAAAUUCUUUCAGGAUCCUGGCCAACAAUUUGUAUUUUUGAUGGUAUAUGAUAAAAUAUAAAGAUGAAAUAGACUUGCUUUUAUUUUAAUAAGGAAGAAGCUAAUAUUCUGAGUGCCGUAAAAAGUUAAACUUUUAUACUUAUCAUAAUACACAAGCACAUACAGUAAUACCAUCUUCAUUUAAUAUUGUCAGUGUUUAAAGAGAGCAAUAUUGUUUAUGUUGUGUUGUUUACUCAGAAUUUGAAGGUUCAUUUAAGCAUCCUGGGCUUAUUUUAUGCUUCACCAGGAAGUGAGCUGGACUCCCAUCUGACAGUCUGUUCUGCCUUCUCUCUAUUUACACAAUCUUGUAUCCAUAUGUGUCUUAGAAAUAUAAUAAAGGAUUCAUCCAAAAUGUU